AUGGAAUGCCUGCGGGGCCUGCCCCGGCUCCUGCCGCGCGCGCUGCGGCUGCUCCCGCGCGGCCUGUGCACUCCAGCCUGGGGCCUGGCCCCCGCGCGCGCCACCGGGCCCCUCGGCGGGAGCUGGGCCGCACCGCCCGGCGCACCGCGCGGGCCCCGCCUGGCAGGUGAAAUGCACCAGCUGAGAACGGCCGAUGUCGCGCAGGCCACGCUCGCCAGCGUAGCCCCCGUGUUCACUGUGACUAAAUUUGACAAAGAAGGAAAUGUGACGUCUUUUGAGAGGAAGAAGACGGACUUGUAUCAAGAAUUAGGUCUUCAGGCCAGAGACCUGCGGUUCCAGCACCUCAUGAGCAUCACCACCAGAAACAACAGGAUCAUCCUGAGGAUGGAGUACCUGAAAGCGGUGAUCACCCCCGAGUGUCUGCUGAUCCUGGAUUACCGGCACUUAAACCUGGAGCAGUGGCUGUUCCGGGAGCUGCCCGCGCAGCUGGCCGGCGAGGGCCAGCUGGUCACGUACCCUCUGCCUUUCGAGUUCAGAGCCAUGGAAGCCCUCCUGCAGUACCGGAUCAGCAAGCUGCAGGGGAAGCUGCGCCUGCUGGAGCCCCAGAUCCUCGACACGCUGGAGGCGUUGGUGGACCCCAAGCACUCCUCUGUGGACAGGAGCAAACUGCACGUCCUGCUGCAGAACGGCAGGAGCCUGUCCGAGCUGGAGACGGACGUCACGGUGUUCAAGGAGGCCCUGCUGGAGAUCCUGGAUGACGAGGAGCGGCUGGAGGAGCUCUGCCUCAGCAAGUGGAGCGACCCCGAGGUCUUUGAGCAGAGCAGCGCGGGCACCGACCACGCGGAGGAGAUGGAGCUGCUUCUGGAGAAUUGCCACCGGCUGGCCGAGGACCUGGCGCACGCGGCCCGCGAGCUGCGGGCGCUGAUCGACGCCUCACAGAGCGUCGUCUUCCUCAGCCUGGACAGCCACCGCAACGUCAUGAUGCGGCUGAGCCUGCAGCUGACCAUGGGUACCUUCUCGCUCUCGCUCUUCGGCCUGAUCGGAGUGGCCUUCGGCAUGAACUUGGAAUCAUCCCUGGAGGAGGACCACAGGGUGUUCUGGCUGGUCACCGGGGUCAUGUUCAUGGGCAGCGGCCUGAUCUGGAGGCGGCUGCUGUCCUUCCUCGGGCGGCAGCUGGAGGCUCCUGUGCCUCCGAUGGUGGCCCCCCUGCCUAGGAAGACCCUGCGGGCAGGCGGACGGCUGGACGCGAAGCCCAGCCUCAGGCCGGACGGGCUGGGGUCCAGCAGGAGCGUCCUCACGCCCCGGUGA